UCAUAGCGAGCGGACGUAUACAACGGUAUAUUCGUUACGAAAUGUGCGCGCAUUUACCGUUUAAAGGUGAGAGAGUUUAAGUGAGUUUGUUUGUCAGAGUGUAAAGUGUUUGUUUGUAUGAAAUAGUUUAUUUUAUAUGCGCGCGUUUCUAGUCAACAUUAACGAAGUGAAGUCCAAUAAACACUUUAUGCGAUGUGAAAACAAAAUUUAAGUUUUCUACCAAAAAAUCGAAAACAUUAAAUGUGAUUAAAUAACACUUUUGUGAGAGUUAAAAAAAUACAAAAAAAACAGGUUGAAAAAAGCUCAAAAAAGCACUACCAGAAGCAAAAAAAAAAGGAUUUUCACGUGCACAACAAAGGUCAAAGUAGCAAUAAGCGCUCAAAAAAUAAGUGGAGCAGAAAGUAAAAGAGCAAAUCAAGUCGUUUAAAUGCAAAGUGUACAACCAGAAAAAAAUAUAUGUAUACAUAUUAAAUAAGUAUCACAAAAGCAACUUUGAAAAUAAGCAGCUAUAAGUUCCUUUCGAACAAAAAAAGAGUAUACGAAAAAAUUAAAGAACUACCCUUUCAGCUUUUUAAAACGAUUUUUAAACAGUAACAAUAUUGCCUGCUUUUAGGCGCACAUUACAAUAAUAAUAAAUACUUAAUAGCUUACGCCCCUCACAAAUAAGCGCUCCAUAAUGCUUUGAGUAUACUUGUAGCGUUUUAAAUUUACGAAAUCGAGAAGUGAACUGUCGUAGCGUAUAAGUGGUGUAAGUGUGACAGUGAAACUUUCAGACAACAUUAAAGUUGGUGAAUCAUUAAAGUGUGCAGCAGAGCUUGACAUUACGAGUUGCCGACAGCACUAGUAAGCAAAAGUGCAUAAGUGUUUAUAAGAACUAAAGUGACCCAAAGUGAUAAAAAAAGGUGAGUAAAAGUGCAAGUGACAAGUGAAAAGUGAAGCGGGUAUCGAAUUAAGAUUUAAGUGCAAAAUGUGAAAAUAAUCAAAUUAAAAAAAAAUAUUUCAAUUUUUAAUCCAAAGUUUACUUAAAGUCAAAGUGUUUAGAGAAAAAAUACAAUUCCUUGUAUGAUUCCAACUUUAACGCAUGAAAACAUGUGUCUCCUUAUGUAAGAACUACUUAUUUGAAUCAACAAAUCCAAAUAAGCUGCAGCGCAUAUCCUUUUACCCCGAGUCACAAAACACACAUGUGCAUCAAUACCAAUAAUAAAAGUAAUCCAAAUAAAAUCGCAACUAGAUUGUAAGUGAAAGAAGACAUUACAUGAUAAAUAACAACUGAUCCAGUGUGUGUUAACUGCUUGUAAACAAGCUUAUAGCUUUACGCGGCAGCAAAAGCGCCAGUAGUAUCAGCAUCAGUUGUGGUAAAGUACAUUCUGGACAAACAAACGAAAAUAGUAUUAAAUGUGUCUCGCUUUAAGGAUGCGCCUUUAUUUUUGGAAAUCUUAGAAGAUUCUCCAUUUUGUGCAAAAAUAAAGAUUUCUUGAGAUCAUAAGCUCCAAUGCUGCGAAAACAAUAUAAACUACAACAACCAUAGCAACAACAACAACAAAUAAUAUACAUGCAAACAAUGUAAUAAUGUCAACGCUUGCAGCAACAGCGCAAAUGUCAGGAGUCACCAAGUCAAAGACACUUGUGGGAAAUGUGGCAAGCAAUACUGCUACAACGACAGCAACGACAACAACAAGUGCAACAGUCAAAGCAACGACAACGAUAAUAACAGCAAGGACAACAACAGUUACUACGAGAAAAUUAAGCAAUCAAGAUAAUCACAAUGAGUAUGUCGCUGCUAACGUUGAUGGGAAGUAUUUAAGGCACGCAAUGCUGGGAAAUUUUAAUCAACAAAACGAGCAAUGCCAUGCCGGGCUGGAGAGCACAAGCAACAGCAACAACAACGACACAAGCAGUUGCUAUGGUUAUGUUGGCAGACAACAGCAACAACAACCACUGUUGAGGUUAAAUAAAGAGAUGAAUGAUGUCAACAACAUGCAGCCAGCAAACACAAGAACAACAGCAGUAAUGUUGAACGAAAUGAAUGAUGUCACCAAGUGCAUGCGCAUUUUAAGUAACAAUAAUUCAUGCUGCCGCGCUGAUAACAACAUUAAACGGAAUUAUGAGGCACGCCAAGCUUUAGAAAGCGUUAAUGAAAGAGCGCCGCGCACCAGCCAUUUGCACGCCGCGACCCAAUACACGCCUGCCGAGGAAGCUUUAUCAGUGGCGGAAAUUUCAACAUGCAUGUCACUGGUGCCCGCGGUGCUUGCAACAACACCCACAGUCGCUUGCCAAAAGCACUUGCCACUACCGACGACAGCAGCACCUCUCGCUGAGCCGCGUUUAAAGCGCGCUUCCGGCUCAAAAAUCACGAACAGUUUUUGUGCGGCAAGUGAGGCGCUGACUGGGACUGUGUGCGCGCAGCGGCAAACGUAG